UUGAAAAAGAUUACAAUAGGUAGGUACUAUAUAUAUGUAUUUGUAUAUACUAUAUAGCAAGCUGUMGUGAAUACUGGAACCGGAUAGGUUUAGAUCUGUUUAAUGUUUAUUGUAUGUUUUUACUUUUUUAUGCAUCACGAUCAUUCUGGCUGAAUAGCCGUCGCCCGUCGCCCGUCAGUAAUACAAUUCACUUAUCAGUAUGCCCAAAUGAUCGUCCCGACGUUGUCUUGAACUGCAUUGUUGCUCAUAAUUGUCAUUAUUAAUAUUAGUGUUUUCUAAUAAGACAUGAAUGUUUUUUGUUGUUCUUUUAUGUCUUAUAACUAAUCACCRUCAUUAGUUAUCUAACUCGAGUGACUUAAUUAUCAAAUACAAUUAGUGUUAACCUUUGCACUCGCGUCUUCAUUAUGAACACUGUUAAAAGGAUUGUGUCAGUCGCAUAUCUAAUAAUAUUGGUCACAUUAGUUCAGAGUGAAAACUGUACAGUAAAGAAAACAUAUAAUGGAACUAUUAUAAGAGAACGUUUAAUGACUUGCCCUUCAUCUGAAUCAGAUCAAGAUGCAAAAUUUUGUUGCUAUGAUAAGUUUGAUAGUGUCGAUUGCUGCAAUGGUGCUGAACAUUUACGACAUUUAAUUCUAAAAUUCAUGCCAGACCUGUUAAUAGUUCUGAUGUUAAUUGUUGGGCUGUUAUUGAUAUGUUGUGUUAUUUGUAUCUGUAUUCCAUGUUAUUGCAUUAUGAGCCGUCGUCGCCCAAUUUAUAAAGACUCAAAUGAUAAUGCAAAUAUGGUUGCUGCCGUUUCUUUACCCAAUGAAUCAGAAGAACAAAAUAUACCAAAAAAAGAAGUUACUCAUCAUUUGCCACCUGGAGCUUAUCCUGUUUAUCCACAGUUCAUGGGUAUGCAACCAUUAAAAUCGACUGAAGUAAAUUGUUAAUUCACACAUCA